CUUGACAGGCAAGCCUAUCUGGAGAUUGGUCCUCUUUCCUCCCCACUCUGCUGCCCUGAAGCUUGGUGCCCCAGGGUCUCGUGUAUGGACAUUAGCAGUUAGGGGAGUGCGCUGGGUACCAUAGUGAAUACUCCCUGGAUUAACCCUUUGUAUGCCCCAGGCCUUUGUGCUGGGGUCUUGUUUUUAUUUGGAGGUUGAAGGUGCCAGGAUGAAGCCCCAGAGACCAGGUCUAGCUCAGCCAGCACCAGGGCACGCGCUCUCCUCACUGUGCCCCCCGGAUGUUCCCCUCACUGAUAGCUGUGGAGGGAACGCCGUCUCUACCGCCACCCUACUUCUUGGCCUUUGUGCUGAGGCUGCCCAUAAGGGGCUGGCUUGUGCCCAUACGAUGGCGCCAUGGGGAGAUCAGGCUGAGAACCCACCAACUCAGCCACCUUUGAACUGAAGUCCUGUCGUGCCCUACCUGGUUUUUAGGAGCCCCCAGCAAGCAGAGCUUUUCGGGGCUGCGUGCCAGCGCUGGGGAGGGGCUGCUCCACACCAAUUUCCAUUCCAGGCCCGUGGGCCGGCUUGUCCUAUGUUUAAACAGACACGUCAUUCACUGCUGGGAAGCAGAACUGGGUGUCUGUGGUUGGCUGGGGAACGUGCAGCUUCCUGUGAGGUACUUGUGAAAGAGGCUGGACAGCGUCUCCAGGGCCCCAGUCAGAGCAGAGGCUCUGAGUUGAUCCCCAGGCAGGGAGGAGACGCAGAGCACAGGAGCUCGACGAGCAUUGAUGCUGGGCAGGGGUGUUCAUUCAAGAAGGAAGCAGGAGGGGGUCUGGACUGGACAUAGUUGCAGAAUGUCCACCAUGACUCUGGGCCUAACUGUCUGGCCCUGGGUCCUGUUCUGCCUCGGAGCCAUCCCACCCUCGAGAGGGCACAGCUGGGAGAGUGCAUCCACCGGCCCCCUUCUCCAGCACAAGCCGUUUGUGGUGGUGUGGAACUUGCCCACGGCCCGGUGCCACCAGCGCUUUGGGGUUACCCUGCCUCUCGAGGACUACGCCAUCGUGGAGAACCAAGGCAACGCAUUCCAGGGCCAGAACAUGACCAUCUUCUACAAGAACAAAUUUGGAGUCUACCCGUACAUCUCCCCGGAGGGCGAGCACCACAAUGGGGGGAUCCCCCAGAAAGUCCGCCUGAAGCAGCACCUAGAGAGGGCCACAGUGGAGAUCACCCAGCUUCUGCAGCCAGACUUCCACGGGCUGGCUGUGGUCGACUGGGAGGAGUGGAGGCCGCUGUGGAGACGGAACUGGGGCCCCAAGGCAGUGUACAAGGAGGCCUCUGAGCAGUGGGUCCAGGAGAGGUUCCCAGAGAUGUGCGCCAAGAAGCGAGCCUACUUGGCCGAGGAAGAGUUUGAGGGGGCAGCCCAGGAGCUCAUGGAGAGGACGCUGGUGCUGGGGAAGGAGCUGAGGCCCUGGGGUUUGUGGGGCUUCUACAGGUUCCCUGACUGUUUCAACGAUAACUGGAGGAAGGGGGGGAAUUACACGGGGGAGUGCCAUGCCAUGGAGGUGCUGCGAAACAACCAGCUUAUGUGGCUCUGGGAGGCCUCCUCCGCCCUCUAUCCGAGCAUCUACCUCCCACCUAAGCUUCUGCCGGCCAAGCGCCAGAGUUACGUCCACCACCGCCUGCAAGAGGCCUUCCGGGUGGCACAGUUCGGCCUGGAGCAGCCCCUGCCUGUGAUAGCAUACUCCCGAGUCUCCUAUCGGCACUCCGCCAGGUACCUGUCCGAGGCUGACCUGGUCCAUACCAUUGGGGAGAGCGCAGCGCUCGGCGCCACCGGCCUGGCACUGUGGGGGGACAACUCCUACUCCCGUUCAGCCGAGAGCUGCAGGAGCCUCCGCCAUUACAUCACCCACACCUUGGGGCCCUACGUGGUGAACGUGACGUCGGCGGCCCAGCUGUGCAGCCGCCAGCUGUGUCACGGGCAUGGACGGUGCGUGAGGCAGCACCCUGACGAGCUGGGAGCCUUCCUGCACCUCCGCCCGCAGCAGUGGGGAGCGGACCCCAUGCUGACCAAUCACCUGGGCACGGACAAGCCGGGCCAGAGGGCAUGGGGGCAGUUCUGCUGCCACUGCUACCGCGGAUGGACGGGCGCCAGCUGUGAGAAGCAGGGGUGGACCGAGCCCAGCAGGGGCCCUGGCUGCACUGCGCCGGCCCAGUAUCCGGACAUCUGCAUCGCAGUGCGGGACAGAAACACGAUGGGCUCCCAGGUCUGCCCUAAGUCUUCCUACGAGGGGAAGACGGAGCUCAGGUGACCGCCUGGAUCAGGGGGUGGCUCAUGGGACUUCAGCAGGUCCACAGACAUGGAACCUGGGGAGAAGGGAGCCUGUGGUGGUCGUGGAAAUUCCUGCACUGACGCGCCCUUUAUUCCUGGCUAGACGGAUGAAUCUGCCACAGGAUGAUCAACUGUUCCUAGGGGAUCAGCCGGGACUGCCCAGUCCAGCCGUAAGAAUCGAUCCUUCCCGCCCACAAAUAAAACGAUCAAUGAAUCCAUGCUGGGAUAGCCCCUUUAAAGGGGAGGAGAUGCCCAGUCCCAGACGAGUUCAUCCAGGGGAGAUCUAGCCCCGUGGAACACACCCAAUGUGAGCUGCAUCAGCAGAGACAGAACCAGGGCACCUUCCACCCCCAAAGCACAUGCCCCAACCCUGUGAGCUAAAGGAGUAGCUCCAUAAGUCGCUCCUCGUAGGAGGUUCUUAUCUCCUCUGAGAGCCAGGGCUAGCGAGAGCCACAAUGGCCAGUGAGUAACAGGCACUCAGUUGCCUGUAGAUCAGCAAGGAGCUGCCUCGGGCAUUAAGUCACAGGCAGUGGGGGAGUUUGGUAGGGAGGAUGGUACAGUUCAAAGGCCCCAAAUCCUCAGGAGGCAGCAUGACUUCCCCACCCCUGGCCUCCUCCCUGCCCCCAAUGCCCCUACGCCGGAUUCCCCCCCCCCCCAACCACUGCAUUUCUGGAACAGGGCCAGCUGCACAUGUUCUUGCUGCCAUCUCAAGAGGGGCCCUGGCACUGUGCAAAGGGCUGGGGGUGAGCUGUGAUGGGCCGCGGCCAUCAGAUGCUCUAGUGAGGGGAGCAAGCCAAGAGCCAUGGGCUCCGAUGCCUUGGCAGUGGGUCAGCUCUCGCUGACUGGCCCCUGGCUUUUAAUUCCUGAGCCCUUGGGGAUGGCUGAGCUGUGUGGCAUGGUCCCAUCUCUAUGUUCUACAUCCCCAGAAGCCCCACCGUGGUCUCUCCUCCCCAUGGCUUCAGCCGGGACGUGAUCAGACCCCCAGCCCCACUCCUACAGCUUCAAUUAAUGGCCAACUAAAACCAGUCCAUUAAGAUGACUUCAGAUGAGGGAAAGGAUUUCAGCCAAUCACAGUCCAGCAGUAUUUAUUAUGUUCCCACCCCCAAAUUAAAGUGAAAAGCUUGUGCGUCCAAUCACACCAUGCCUUUUCCACUCUGGCCACUCCCUGUUCACUCUUUAGCUCCGCCCCAAAGGAUUAAAUGAACCAGAAUGAUACGUGUUACCUCCAUGUGAAUGCAAUAUAACUUAUCUAAAGCCUUAA